AUAUUCACAGGGAGUGUGGAGUGUGUUAUUAUUCACAGGGAGUGUGGAGCGUGUUAUUAUUCACAGGGAGCGUGGAGCGUGUAAAUAUUCACAGGGAGUGUGGAGCGUGUUAAUAUUCACAGGGAGCGUGGAGCGUGUUAUUAUUCACAGGGAGCGUGGAGUGUGUUAAUAUUCACAGGGAGUGUUUCUUCGGGAAUACGAAGUGACUUGCAGCUGGAUGCCUCUAUCAGUUGCGAUUUCGAUUUCCUGGUUUGGUUUUGCUGGAAAUGAAACUGAAACUAAUUCUGAACCUCAGUCAGCCAGGAAUUUGUUUUCGGAACAGGCACCCGCAGAUUUCUAAGCCUGUUUGAGAACUCGGGUUUCAGCAUGCCUGAUGUAAAGCCUUGGCUCACAACUGCAAAUCGGAAAGAAUUGUCUCAACUUCUUGGGAAAGUAAACUUACAUUUACUUUACAAAGCAAGAGUUCAUGGUUUCAGAGCUGACGUGUUCCAUGCUAAAUGUGAUAAGCAAGGACCCACGUUAACCGUCGGGUACAACAAAGCUGGUUAUGUUUUCGGAGGUUACACAAGUAAAGAUUUUGAUACUUCAGGAUUUGACGUGAAGGAUAACAAGGCUUUUCUCUUUCGACUAAGUGACGAAAAGGCAGAAGGAACGCCAAAGAAGCUUGCCAUAAACCAAGGUGCUGAGGCUAUUUGUAAUCAUAUAUCCUGUGGUCCCAAUUUCGGAGGAAUACUUCAGUUUCUGGUCAAAGGCAAAGCUGUUGUAUUGCAAUUGAAAUUUCCACAGUCCUACAAUUUAUAUGAACGUGACCUCUCUGGCUGCGAUAUAGAUCCUGUGGAAUGUGAAGUUUACCGUGUGGAAGAGCUAGGAGCUCCCUGGAGAAAUGUAACUUGGACGACAAAAAGACAAGAACUGCUUGGGAUCGUCCGCAGCUAUAGACCAUAUGGCAACUCUGCUUCUAAGGUACGGGUUUUGCUAAUUGGACCAGUUGGAGGAGGAAAGUCUAGCUUCAUCAACUCUGUCAAUUCGAAUUUCCGUGGACAUGUCACCAAUCGGGCUUUGAUUGGAAGUGGACUGACAAGCACAACUACAAUGUAUUCAACGUACACCUUCAGAGGAGGAAAGUGUGGCAUAUCUGCCCCUCUUAUUCUUUGUGAUACAAUGGGACUUGCAGAAGACACAGAAUCAGGGAUACGUACAGAUGAUCUUAUCAGCAUCAUCAAAGGCCAUGUCCCUAACAAGUAUCGGUUUAAUCCAACUUCUCCAAUUCAUGCUGAUACAAAUAGCUGCAUUAAAUCAGCAACUGUUGCUGAACGGAUACACUGCGUUGCAUAUGUGAUUGAUGCAAGCAAACUCACCAUGCUCUCUCCUGAAAUGAAAAAGAAAAUUCAUGCCAUCCAAUCGCAGAUUAAUCAACUGGAGAUACCACAGAUUGUUUUAUUAACAAAAGUGGAUAAAGAAUGCCCUUUGGUUGCGAACGAUCUGGAAAUGGUCUAUCACAGUGACCUCAUUGUAAAUAAGGUCACGGAAAUUGGGCAGCAACUCGGUAUUCCAAUUUCAUACAUAAUUCCUGUGAAAAAUUACUGGUCAGAUCAUGAGCUUGACAAUGCCACAGACAUUUUAAUACUCUCUGCGCUGGUACAGAUACUGCGGUAUGCAGAUGAUUAUUUUGAGAAUCUUGACGCAGCCUGUUAGGAUGCUUUCUAAUGACCCUGUGUUUUUUUUGAGUCAUAAAUAGUUACUGAAUAGUUUUACCUUUGCUUUGAAAUAAUUUAAAUACUGUUAUCAAUCAUUCCCUCUCUUGCAUUUCUGUGAUCUCGCACUCUUGGAAAGCAUAAUUUUAAAGAUGUAGCUUAGAGGGAAUCCUUGUGUUGAUAUUAAGGAAAAGAUGAAUCAGAAUGUCCUGAAAUCUUUUUUUUAACUCGUUCCUGGGAUGUGGGCGUCGCUGCCUGGGCCAGCAUUUAUUGCCCGUCCCUAAUUGCCCUUGAGAAGGUGGUGGUGAGCUGCCUUCCUGAGUCACUGGAUUCCAUGAGGUGUAGGCACACCCACAGUGCCGUGAGGGAGGGAGUUCUGGGAUUUUGACCCAGCAACAGUGAAGGAACGGUGAUAUAUUUCCAAGUCGGGAUGGUGAGUGACUUGGAGGGGGAUGCUGUUGCAUGAUCUUUAUUAUUGUAGCUGUAGUAACCUUUAGAUUUUGACCGUUAAGUAAUUUUAGAUGUAGUAACCACUGAACUGUUGAAUUAUGACUCACCUUAAUGAAAUGGUCAGUUUAAUAUCUUAUUAAAAAAUAUUCUAAUGCA